AUACAAUGGCGUGCUUUCAACACGCAGCCUGAUUUUAAUAAAGCGAGAGGACAUUGAACUAUUUUCUAGAUUCUCCUUCCUUUCUUAUUGCCGCACUGGUCCUUGUUGAACCAUGGCCCACAACGGUAUUAAGCCUGUCGCCAAGCUAGGCCUCAGUCUUGCAAGCUCCCUACAAGUACACUCCGAAGCCAACAGAAGAGCCCGACAAGGUCUUCCCAAGCUGAUCAAUUUAAUCAACUCAACAGCCUUGACAUUGACAAAAGUUGACGAUCUCAUUCAAGAGAAUGCAGAUGCCUUCACAAAGCUAUGCCUGGAAGACAUCACGCGCCUAACAGCCACGUGCGAAAAGAUCUACAUCGGUAUUUUGAUCAUGUUGGUACGACAGACAGAGAGUGUUGUUGGCGACAAGGAGAUCAACGAGAUCCCGCGGGAGGAAACAGGAAAGUAUCUGUAUUGCAUCGCUCACACCAAUGUCUGGCGCUAUGAGUCUUGGGAGCUGCUCGGGCUUCAACUCAGGUAUUUUCGGCACCGGUUGACCCAAAACAAGUUUGAACUCAUGCUGCGCUAUCUUUUAGGUAGUAUCGCACAGUACCAGAUGCGGGCGCACACUCGAGUCCCAGGAAGCUUUGAGACAGAGCAUACAAUCCGACAGCUUGCAGAACAAGUGGCCAGUCAACGAGCAAGUCACUACAAAUAUUGGUCCAAGAAGGUGGCCAAAUGGACCAUCAUUACUCCACCACUACCUUGUAGCAACGUUUCCUUGGCAGAUGUUAACAGCACUUGCACUGUUUCAAGUACACCUACCAUUGCGCUUGACACAAAGGUUGAAGAGAUCAAACCUGUUGAAACCAUACCAAUCACUCAAACUCCGGCGUUAGAACUGCCCAAGGACACUGAGGUAUCGGCUGAUACCACUGCGGAGACCACCAGCAAACCAACGCAAAUCGAUCAAGAGCCGAUCAAAGAACACGGCUCAAGUCUGAUCACUGCUACCAGAAACUGGAUCAAACGAAUUCUCAUGCCAGGGUCGCACGAUGAAUGGAAGGAUCAAGACCUUGAGGUUUGGCAAAUCGAUCUUGGCGCCCAUUUCAAUAGCGUCCCAAGUAAGACGUUUAAACGGCUUGAACUAGACGACAAACAUGUGAGGUCCGCGCUCUCACAGGUGACCUCCAAGUCCAGGUGGAGAAAGCGUCCAGAACUCCUCGAGCAAUAUGACUCACUCGAUCAACGCGUCCGCCAACGAAUCGAUGAGGGUAUCGAUGCUGCCAAACAAUCGAGCCCUAGGGAACGAACUUGGAUUGCCAUGUCAAUCGCCAGCCCUUCAUUCAAACACCUUAACGGUAGAAGGUCCGAGGCUGCUGUUCAGGCUGAUGCUUCCAUCACUCUUUUCUUCCGACUCGGUGAUGAGGUAGAGCCCAUACACGUUUUUGAACCACACUCGGGUAGAAAGCUCACCUUCCCGUAUGAAGCAUACAAGAAUCUUGAUUUGUUGCAUAAAAGACUCUCUAGCCUCGACUGGGGACUCGCCAUGGCAUCAAUCAUGAAAGAAGGAAAGUAUGUUUUCUGUACCGAUGACGGAACCGUCAUUCUACAUGAAGCGUGGGAAUCACUACGCCGUCCUGGCAUGACUUUGAAUAUUCAACCUGUUGGUAUUGGCAUACCACUAGGCUGGCCAGGAUUCGUUUCCAAUCCUCAGGGUCGUAUUCCACCUAAAAUCAUUCGUCCUAUGAAUAUUGGUCCUAGUGGUAACCUUCCUUCUGCAAACACUACUACUUCUGACAGUUCGUCGGCAUAUGCUUGUGCUUCGCCGACUAUGAAACAAAUUCACGGCGAGAUGGAGGAGCUGCUUCGACUCUCCGACUCAUGGUCUCCUGACCCGGACACAAUCGGCACAGGCCUGGGCAGACUUCUUGGCUUGUGGACUAAUGCUCUUGAUCCGCAUGUCAACGUUACAGAAGAUUCAGAAUCAGAGUGGACUUGUUCGACGGGAGACUCUGACUAUAGUAGCGGCAGUAUGUCCAGCUAAGGAUGACUACGCAUUGCUGAUGAAGGAAUGUGAAGGAUUGGUUUAAAUUGAAAAGCAAUGGGAUUGUAUAAUCUCGCUUCAGAUAACUCUCCUAGCAUCUAUACUAAAUUGGAAAACCACUAUUUAUUUAUAUUAAAUUCCCCUAUUGUCGUCAUAACCACGUAGGAAACUGGCGCAACCUAGGGGAACGGUCUGUUAAUUAAUCGGCAGUUCGGAACAGCGCUGACAGACGGCAGGCGAAGCAACUGAUUGAUAUUGGAGAGGAUGAUCAGCCUGCAGCUUCAAGGUCCCAAUGUCUUGUCCUAACUCCAGGCCGGUAUUUGCCAUCACCGUUGGGCGUUGACUAGAGUGUAGUCGCAAGCAUCGAACUUAAUAUUUUGAGUACGGCGUUGCUUAUUGCGCAAAUAAAAUCAGUCUGGA